GUUUCGGCCCGCCAGCCUAGAACACCGUUGCACCUAUCAGCCCUCGAGUGCUCCGGAGAGGCAUUCACAUGUCGUGUCCGGAUCGUUUCACAUUACAAGACAGCGGGAGUGUACGAAAGGAGCCACUCCAGGAAACUACCAAUUAAGUUAUUCUACUUCCCUUCGGUGGUGUGGCGAGUGUGAAGAUUUGUUCGGUUCAAGCGAGUGACGGUGCGACGAUGCGUUCUCUUGCCUAUUACGUGGUGCUAUCAUGCAUGAUCCUGACGUGCGAGUUUCCACGAUCCGUUGUUGCAGGCCAGGAAAGCAAUGCAACCAAGGAAGGAGCCGCCCCGGAGACCCCGGAUACGCCAUACGAAACCCAGACGGCCCAGUGUACGAUCACAUCCGGCGAUAUCGAAGCGAGUGCCCAGGCUUCGAUCAGCAAGACGCUGGUAGGAGUAUGCGGAACAGAUGAAAUGCUUACGGCUUUUCGCACCCUAGAGGCCAAGCUACUGGAUGAGUUACAAAAUAUACGUAAAAUGAUCCGUGAUCCAUACUUUAAUCCGCCACCGUUACAACCGUCGGUUUAUAGAUCCGUGAAACGGGUCGUAUCGGCAUCGCAAACGGCCUCCAAUACAGUGCUUCCUCAGCCACCAACAGUCCCAGUGCCAGUGACUCAGCCACCAACCAUCGAUCGUUCGAUCACUACGCCAUCUUCCAUACCUCAGACAACGCCAUUCAGCGGGGCGGUAGUGUUUAAAGAUGACGAUUAUGACGAUGACGAUGAUGAAGAAGGAUCAGCGGUACCGGCUAAAGGCGGUGCUACCGUUACGAAAAGCAACAGCCAGCUAGUCAAGCAGCUUCCCACUGGCUUGCAACGGGAUUCAUCUCUGAAUUCUCGCAUAUCCGGUGAUGAAAAGAACGCGCAAGGCUCGGUGCAUCCGGCCAUCGCCUUCAAACCCAUUGAUAAACCGACCGAAACCAGGUUUCUCACUGGUGGUUUGCGAGACUAUGAAGUGUACCGGUUCAACAACACGAUCAUCUCUACCGGUGAUGCGAAGGUGUUCAAGUACUUCUGGAAGAUCGAAAACUUUACCAAGCGCCUGCAGUCCGCUCCGGUCGGGAUAGGGCCGACGUUCUCGAGUGCGGUGUUCGUAAUUUCCGGCUUGAAUUUACGGCUACAUGCGAGAACGGUGGAGAGGGCUGGUGGUGAUUUGCUGUACGUCCAGCUGGAACAACUUUCAGCGUGGGAUGAUGAGCUGCGUAAAACUCCGAACGUGGUUCUGGCAUCGGGAGCCAUGUACGGGCAGAUGGAAACGAAGAAAUUCUUCCGCCAUAAAAUUAUCAUACUGAACCAGGACAUGCCGUUCAGCGAUAUGAUAUCCACAGAUCUUACGAAUACGAAUGCGAAAUUCGAAGCCAAACUUUCCGAAGUAACCGCACAACCGUACCUUAAGGAUGACAAGUUAUUGAUAAAGGUGAUCAUAUUUCUUUAAAUAACACACUGAGUGAGGGGGACAACUUUACAACAUCGAAAGAAAACCAGCAACUUCCUUCCGUUGCGCUUGCUAUUUGGCUCUGUUCGGCGGAAGAGAUAGUUAAUAA